CUACAGGGUACUCCGGAUCCUAGUAUUUGCACUCCCAUCAGCAUAUUAACUCCUUCUAUCAACCCAACCAAGGAAAAAACGAAGACAGACAAACAGAAAGCAAGUCAAUCAAUCAACCCCACGAAAAUGGCCACAGCCACAGCACCCAAACCCACCAGUCCCAAAGUCCACCAGGGGCGACCGCCCCUGAUCCAGAAAUUCUCCACCUUCACACGCACAGCCGCAGGGCUCGAAAAGACCCUCCGUCUCAUCAACGCCACCUGCCAGAUCGCGGGUGCUUUAUCGGGUGAUGUCGUGACUGCUUCGCGGUGGGGGGCUGCGAGGGGGCAGUUGGCUUUGACAAGACGAUACUUCCGCUUCUUCAACGUCAUUGACUGUUUCGCUCGCGUGGCGGGUCUUCUCUCGGGAGACGGUGAGGCUGGGUCAGUGAUGGCCUUGUUGGAGCUGGCGCGAUGGACUUGUUUGGGGAUGUAUUUGUUGUUGGAGGAUAUCACUAUUGUAUGUGUUUUCCCCAUCCUUUUCUUAUUAAUCUCCUGACACAGCUCCACGCAACCAACAUCUACCCGGUCUCAUGGAACGCGCGCGUCACAACCGAGGCCUACCGGUUCUGGUUCUGCGGGCUCGCAUUGUCUGUGUUAGGGUGUGUAUGGGGUGUCUUACUUGGAAUGAUUACUUCUCCCUCCUCGUCUUCGUCUUCUAAUAAUAAGGUAUCCUCCAAUGGAGGGUCCGAGAAGAAGCCCGAAAAGGAAAAAGGGCCUGUGGCGCAGUUGCCAAGAUCGGUGCUUGUCAAGAGGAUUAUCGUCGAUGGAUGCGAUUUGUUGAUUCCGGGG